AUGGCGGAGCCCGAAGGCAACAUCCAGGAGCUGGAUAUGCAUGGGCUCGACGCCCACGUCAUUGAUAAGGGCCGCCGGCUGAGCUUCUGGCUAAUCAAUCACCGGCCACCGCUGGAUGCAUCGGCCGGAAAACUACUGCUAGACGUAACUAAAGUAGGGGCUAAUUCGACUCUUGAUGUGUGUGUACGACCUCGACCUACGUCACGAUACCAAGCUGGCCAAGUCAAAACCAUCGCUAGUGAGACGAUCAUCUCGCCGAAAAAUCUUGUCGUCAUUGACGACAAUGGAGACAAAGGAGGGUUUCGGUUCAGCAAUGGCCGCAGCACCAAGUUCAACCCUUCCUGCGACAGGGAGAUAAGUAGAAGCAUCUCCUAUUGUCGCACUGAUACAGGCAAGUGUUAUUUUGCCGCCACCGAAAACCCCUUCUUCCCAAAUAACAUCACAAGUGACGUGUCAUCAGGCCUUACUCACGUCGCGUACCCUGCCUGGCGCACCGCUACCGUCCACCGGCUGGUAGACGACGCUCGUUUAGGUUGA